GCAAGCAAACCUGCCAGCUCAUGGGUUACACCAAGGUGGCAUCCUUGCAGUUUGCGCCUGGGCAUGGCAGUUUCGAGGGCAAAGAGCCGGCGCAGUGCCGCAAGGUGGCCUUGCCCGCACCUGUGGAGGACUUGAGCAUUUUUGACCAUGACCGAAGUUGGCUGUUGGGCGCCACAGGGCACGUUUGGGAGAGCACGCUGCUUGGUGUUCGAGGUAGUUGGGCCAACAGGAGCCACCGCAACAGCCUCAUUCUGGUGGAUUCUGAGGAACGGGAAGUGGCAUUCCUGCGGGUUGUUAAGCAGCUCUCGCCGCCACUUCCUUACAGCACGGACGACCAUGUGUUCCAUGGAGUCUUCUAUAGCAACAGCUCUCGGCGGCUCUACGCCGUUACCCACCACACGGCUUACAGUUCUGUGGAGGUUUUCCAGGUUCACGAAGACGAUCCUGAAAAAGGCUUUCACGAUUCCUUGUUCCUGGAACACCUGCACACGGUCAGGUCUCCGGAGUUCCAGCGUAUGGCCUUGAACGAUGUCGUGGAAGCCGCUUUUGAUGGCAGUAGCUUCUUUGUGUCGGAGUGGCUGGACCACGACAACGCUGCCGGCCACCGGGCCUUCUCCUUCACAGAAAACUUGGCACACAGCGCCAAAAUAGCUUUGAAACAGCGGAAGACGCGAUUGCUGAAGUGCGUCUUGCAAGGCUCGAGGGACGAUGGGAGCCAGUGGUCCUGCUCUGAGGCGACCGCGGACCGCUUUGUUUUGACGAACGGCCUGGCCAUCACGCCAGAUCGACGCUUCCUCUUCGUUUCUGACCCAGCGAGCACUGAGGUUGUCAUCUACCGCGUGGAUGGUGCAAGCCUGACCAAGGUCCAGGCCCUCUCUCUCACACAUUCCGUGGACAAUCUGGAGGUUGUGGCGAGCUGGCCGACCAAAGAUGAGGUGGUGCUCCAUGGAGGAUCCAUCCCUUUACCCUUCGCCACAGGAGUAGGCUGCGAAGGUGGGUUUGGCAUGAACUGGCCUAUCAAGGACACGGAGGGCCACUCGAGCUUCAUCGGUUGCGGGAAAUGCCCUGGGGGCCUGCUGGAGCUGAAAGUCAAGGGCCUCUAUGCACAAAGCAAGCAAUCAGGGGUGGAGGUCCAGAUGCAGGAUCUGGUGCUUCAUGACGGGUCGCUGCUGAAUCAGGUGAGCUGUGCAAUCGGUUUGGACGGACGAGCCGUCAUAGGGAGCCCUGAGGCGAGUGGACUCCUGUUGUGCGACUGGUGA